GUUUUGGUGUGGGAGAGUCUGUCUCGGCGGAGGUGAUAGUGCAAGGGACUCCUUAUUAUCCAAGUUACUCCGGAACCCAGACAUGGAUUUUAGAUAAGGAUUUCUCUUGACAAUAAUGGUGGAGAACCCAGUGUCAGAAUCUGCCAGGGAUGCAGAUAGUGCGACUCAUUAAUACUCUCCGAGGAAAUAUGUUCAAAUUACUGUGAGAAUUUUAGAAAUACCAAUGAAAUUAAACAGUUAUUGAAUGUGCCAAAACCCUGCACUGUUGUUGUGCAUGGCUGUUAAUGUGAGUGAGGCAUGAAGGAUGAACUGCCUCCACAUGUCAUCGUCUGAGUGACCUCCAUGUAAAUAUGGUACACUACAGUAUUGAUAAAUCACUGAUGUGAGUGUUGAUAAUGCAGUAACAAGUUUGCCUCCAGUACCUGGCAAGUGUGGAAAUUGCCCCGAAUAGUAGACAGAGUGGUGCGCACAUUGUAUUUGUCAUUCAUAUACCGUACAGAUUUUUGACACUUUGAUUGGUUUCCCUUGUGAUUCUAUUCCAAGUUGCAAUUGGUUUUCAAAUAUCAGACUUGUGAAAUAUUUUGUAAGGUAUAAAGGUUAAAGAUUCAAUUUUUUGUGGGGAGCAUCAAAGCACAGUUUAGUCUUACGCUCACACACAGAAUAAUACCAACAUAGAUAUCUAUCUCUCACGCCCUCUCCACACAUAAGACCAUUUAUGCUCCGAGUGUCCUUCUCUACCACCACCUUCAACACCGACCGUUACCCCACAACGUCCAGCCUCUGAGCUACACUCUUCUACCCGGCAUCAUUUUGGGCGGAAGUGAAAAAGUAGCAGUGCUCCUGCCGUCACCAUGACGCUCAGCGCUGAGUACCAGUGAUCACUUAACUUGGAGCAGGAAGCAAGAGAAAGAGAAUCAGAGAAAGAGAGAAAUAAACUGCUGGGUAUAGCCACACCAGCAUCUGCAAAUGAUAAUAAUGUACAAACACUGGAUACAAUGCAAGCGCUAUGCUUGCCACUCGGGGCGUCCGUCUCACUCCUCAUAAUGUUCUUCUUCUUCGACUCCAUGCAGAUGCUUUUUGCCGUCUGCACAGCAAUUAUCGCCACGGUAGCUCUUGCCUUCCUUUUGCUGCCCAUGUGCCAGUACAUAAGCCGGCCCUGCUCCGACAAUAAAAAAAUAUCAUUUGGGAUGUGCGGAAGGUUCACGGGGGCAGAGAUUAUGGCGUUCUGCCUCUCAGUGUCCAUCGUCUGCAUCUGGGUCAUGACAGGUCACUGGCUGCUCAUGGAUGCAAUGGGUAUGGGGCUGUGCGUGGCAUUCAUCGCAUUCGUACGACUCCCUAGCCUUAAGGUGUCCACACUGCUGUUGACGGGGCUGCUCGUCUACGAUGUCUUCUGGGUUUUCUUCUCGUCCUAUCUUUUCAAUGCUAAUGUUAUGGUUAAGGUAGCAACUCGUCCAGCAGACAACCCAGUAGGUGUGAUGGCCCGGAAGCUGCACUUGGGCAACAUGGGACGAGAGGCUCCAAAACUCUCACUUCCGGGCAAGUUGGUCUUCCCUUCCAUGCACAACACUGGCCACUUCUCCAUGCUUGGUCUGGGGGAUAUCGUGAUGCCAGGCUUGUUGCUAUGUUUUGUUCUACGUUACGACGCUUACAAGAAGGCACAACUAAUGUCUGCCGAGGCUGGGGUACCUCCACCAUCAAAUUUAAAUAAAAUAAGUUACUUCCAUUGUUCCUUGAUCGGGUACUUCCUUGGGUUAUUGACGGCAACCGUGUCGUCUGAGGUCUUCAAGGCAGCCCAACCAGCACUCCUCUAUCUGGUGCCCUUCACGUUGCUGCCCCUCCUCACUAUGGCAUACCUAAAGGGUGACCUUCGGAGAAUGUGGAGUGAACCAUUCAUCAUUCAGACACAGAGCAAGAACUUGGAAGUGUGACUCAGGGUGAUGCUUAGAGUGUAGCCAUAAGUGUGGUUAGUGUGUAUUCUUAGUACAGUACUGAGAUGUGCGAGUCUUAGCAGCAAUCCAAGCUUCUGGAGUCUUGGCUGUGCAGUUUGCAUUCUAGUGAUGAGUGACAAGAAGAGUAUUAUAUGUUAAAAUGGGUUAUUCCAUUGCUUUUGUGAAGAAACAAUUCCAGACAUCCACUGUAUAUAUAUAUAGAUAGUAGUUUAGUGUUGAAAUAAUAGGAAAGAAGAAAAAAAUUAAUGAAUGAUUGAUGAAAAAUAAAAGAGUACUUCCAUGCCUUUAAAACACAGUGGUGUUGUGUUUUUAUGUGUACAAUACUUAAAAAAUGUUUUGAGUGGCAUCAUGCAGCUACGUGAGAACCUGUUCACGUCUUAGCAGGUUUUAUAUUAUGUAAGUCAUAUAUUUCUAUUCCUUAUUCCCCUCUAAUUGUAGAAAAUAUAUUUUUUUUCUUUUACUCAUUGUUCUGAGGGGCCGUAGACAAGCUGGCUCUCCUCUGCUGACACAGUGAGGACUUGGUAACAAGCUUUCUGUAGGUCGUAGUUGCUUGCCUUAAGUGUAAGCGCACAAUCACAAAGUCCUAUGAGACUUAGUUCCCAUCUGCCGUCUAGUGGUCAAAACUUGUGUGCUGGUGCUGUAUGUCAUCCAGUGGUGAGAAAUACUUCACUGAUGACACAUGCCAUCAAGAGUCAGAAGUAUUACACUGAUGCCAUAUUCCAUCCAGUGGUGAGAAGUACCAUACUACGUUAAUACCGUAUGUCAUCUAGUGGUCAGAAAUGUAAUUCUGGUGCCAUCUGUUGUUUAGUAAUCAGAACUUGACACCGUGUCUUGUAUCUUGUCCAAUGGUCAGAGGUGCAGUGCUGUUAUCAUCUAUAGUAGUCAUAUUCAUAACUACAAUAUUGGAACUUUCAUGUUAUUGUCAUUAGAUCAAAGUUGGUGGCCCUAUAAUAAUGACCUCAGUGUUAGUUUUAUUUUUCACUUAAUGGCUGUAACUGCAGGGUCAUGUAAUAGUUACAUUGGUGCCAUGAGUGGUGGUCAGCGGCAACACUAGAGCAGCGUGAGGACUGUAGUUUGUAGUGUGUAGUGUCUCCAGAUAGUGUACAUAGAUAGCCCUUGUACAGAAGAACAACAGAGAUGAUUGAACUAUCACGUCAUUGUGCGAUACUUCCGGCAGCUGAGUUAUCAAUCUUGUUUUCCACGCACACUCACUCAGGCUGAGUGGUGGUAUGUGAGAUUGUGUUCCUAUGUUACUGUGGAAUCUACAAAAAACAAAAAAAAUUAAAAACUUUAUACCGGUAUACUUAAUGGGAGCAAAUGAUGCAAGUGAAGGGAUAGUGUGUGUGUGUGUGUCUAUAUGUGUGUUAAUUCAUGAUACCUGCAGCAUGACGGCAAAAGCAUACUGAAGUGAAAAAAAAGAAUCCUGAUUUUUUUUCAGUUGUGUUCCAAAGUUCAGUGUUCAAAUAACACCAGUGGUAAAUGUUCUGUGGAUAAUCAAUAGAACACAAUUUAUCAUCAUAACUACCACUUAUCACCUUACUAAGUCAUCAAGGUAGGAAUUGUGAGUUUAAGCAAGUGAUUUCUGUCUCUUGUUUAAACUAAAAAUUUCCAGUUUUGGAAGUCUUAAAUUACGACACAAAUCAUCAGAAGUGUAACUGGAUUUUUUUUUUUAGAGCAGUUUGUUAUAUUUUAAAUAUUUCAGGUCAUUAUAUAGUUGUGCUGUGGCAUUAUCUUUGGUAAUGCUCAAUUUGUUACUACAUUUAAGUAAACUUUAUCGAGAGUUGAUAAGUUAUAUAUACUGUACUAUGUAUUACAGUAUAUUAAAGAGAACAGAUUAGAAGAGGGAAUAAAAUUAUUACUCAGAACAACAAGGUUCAUAUUCUGCCAACAAAAUUCCAUUUAUUAAUUAUAUUUGACCCUGGGGACUGGAUAGACACAUUUGGUGCUUAAAAUAGCUACUUGAAAUUAUAUGGAUAAAAGGUUGGUGUUUACCUCAAAGGCUGUUACUGUUGUGCAAACUAAAGUGGAAAUAUAUUGAGAGUAUGUGAACACCUUUUAGGCAAUUAAUUAUCUGAUGUUAUGACAUACCAUUUAAAAUUAUUUAUUAUAAUGGUUCUUUUGAAUA